AUGGGCGACCCUUCACCAGCCAAGACGGAGCAAGGGGUGCCAGCCCACCCGCUCUUGGGCAGCCCCAAGAUGCAGCUGGCCCCCAGGCUCGCCCCUGAGCCUCGCUGCCCCUUGCCCGCCUACCAGAAUCUCAGACAGCGUGUUGACAACUUUGUGGCAAACCACUUGGCCACGCACACUUGGAGCCCCCACCUCAACAAGAACCAGCUGAGGAACAAUAUCAGGCAGCAAGUGCUCAAAUCAGGAAUGUUGGAGUCUGGUAUUGACCGAAUUAUUUCUCAGGUUGUGGACCCAAAGAUCAACCACACAUUCAGACCUCAGGUGGAGAAAGCCGUGCAUGAGUUUUUGGCCACAUUAAAUCACAAAGAGGAAGCGAGCGGCAGCGCCUCGCCCGACGACGAGAAGGCCGACUCUUCCGGCUUGACACAAGGCGUCCCUGUCCCUGGGCCCAGUGCUAACGCAGCCAAUGAUGCUAUGUCCAUCUUGGAGACCAUAACGUCCCUUAACCAAGAGGCCAGUGCUGCCAGAGCCUCAACAGAAACACCGAAUGCCAAGAGUACUGAGAGAGGAUCCAAAAAGCUCCCAUCUCAGCCAAGCAUGGAUGCCAGUGCUGAGAGAGACAGAACUUCAGAAGACAUGAGUGAUAGAGAAAAACCUCUCCCCGACUCUGGGGCGGAGGCACAGGAGACAGCCCCUAGGUCUGAAGAGCUCAGUGAUCUCCCUUGCCCAGUUGAAGAAACUAAAAAUCAUGUGAGAGAGAGUAAUAAUUCAGUUCCACUCAGUAAAGAUGUGCAGCCUGAAAGCAGUGACCAGAAAGCUAAGUUAACAGACAAGGGUGAAAAGAAACCAGACAGCAGUGAAAAAGGAGAGAGGAAGAAAGAAAAGAAGGAAAAGACAGAGAAGAAAUUUGAUCACUCCAAAAGAAAUGAAGAUACACAAAAAGGAAAAGAGGAAAAACAAGCCAAGGACAAAGAAGCAGAGUGUGCGAAGCCCCCCUCAGAGAGGGGCAGCAGCAGAGCCAAGGGCAGCGAGGGGGCAAAGGAAGAUUGCUCUCUGCUGGGCUCUGAUGUAGAUGGGCUUACAGACAUCACGGUGAGCUCCGUCCAUACCAGUGACCUUUCAUCUUUUGAAGAAGACACCGAGGAGGAAGUAGUAAUGUCUGAGAGCAUGGAAGAAGGAGAGAUUACGUCAGACGAUGAAGAAAAAUGCAAGCAGAACAAAACAAAAACGCAAACCAGUGAUUCUAGUGAAGGAAAAGCGAAAGGGGGGCGGCACGCGUACGUGCACAAGCCCUACCUUUACUCCAAGUACUACAGUGAUUCCGACGACGAGCUGACGGUGGAACAGCGGCGGCAGUCGAUUGCUAAAGAAAAAGAGGAGAGGCUUAUAAGAAGGCAAAUUAAUAGAGAAAAACUGGAAGAAAAACGAAAACAGAAAGCUGAAAAGAUGAAGUCUUCAAAAGCUAAGAGCCAAGGCAAAAGUAGUAUGGACUUAGAGGAAUCAUCAGCAAAGGGUCUGGAACCUAAAGCCCCCAGAAUUAAAGAAGUCCUUAAGGAGCGGAAAGUGCUAGAGAAAAAAGUAGCUCUAAGCAAAAAACGGAAAAAAGAUUCCAGGAAUGUUGAAGAAACUUCUAAAAAGAAACAACAAUCUGAAGAAGAUUCCAAAGAAGCCCUUCGAGCAAAUGAGCAUUGUGAAAAGGAAAAGGUGUCUUCUUCAAAGGAUUCGAAGCAUGUUCAUGCAAAAAGUGAAGCAGGUAAACCUGCUCGGAGGCUCUCGGAGUCUUUGCAUUCAGCCGAGGAAAACAAAAACGAGCCCAGAAUGGAAAGAGAACACAAAAGGAGGACUUCCACCCCCGUUGCGGUGGAAGGGGCGCAGGAGGAGACCGACGCGAAGGAUGUUUUGAAAAGGCAGGCAGAACGCUCCGAUGCAGGCACAGAGGAGCCCCAGAAGCAGAAGGGGGCCUUGAAAACAGAAAAGCACCUGAAGAAGGACGACUCAGAAACAGCGCAUUCGAAAAACCUGCCGAAGAGAGAGGCGAAGUGCGCCAAGGAAAGGCUGGAAAAAGAGAAGCUUUUGUUAGAAGACAAACCUUUGCCUAUGAAACACAAAUCCAAAGGUGACGGUACACAUAAAACAAGCGAUGAGGCCGAGCCUCAGUCUUCUGAUAAAGCCCUGAAAGCGGAUGAAUGUGUUCAGAAGCCGCGGCAGCCAACCAUGCCGUCUGCAGAUGACAAACCAGAGCGAAAAAGUAAACACCGCAAUGAAAGGAAGCUGUCCGUUUUGGGCAAAGAUGGAAAGCCCGUUUCCGAAUACAUUAUCAAAACAGAUGAGAACGUUCGCAAAGAAAACAGUAAAAAAGAGAGACACCUGUCAGCCGACAGAGCUAAGGCAGAGCACAAGUCGAGGCGAUCCAGUGAUUCCAGACUACAGAGGGACUCCCUGAGCUCCCGGCAGCAUGGCGUCCCCUCACAGAGAAGAAGCGAGAGUUACUCAGAGGAUAGGUGUGAUGCGGACUCCACUAAUCUGGAUGGGAAUUCAAAACCAGAAGAGGCAGCUCACAAGGAGAAGAGGAGAACAAAGAGCUUGCUCGAAGAGAAGCUUUCGUUAAAGUCAAAAUCCAAAAGUCAAGGCAAGCAGUUGAAAGUAGCUGAAACAGAGUUACAAGAAAGUGUCCCGAAACAGGCAGCCGCUUCAAAACCAGACAGAGAGAAGCCCACAGAGGAAGGUGACCCGGAUAGACAGAGAAGGCCUAAAGCUGAGGACAGGCCCUCUGAGGAGACCAGUGGGGCCGGCGGUGAGCCCGGGGUGGAGAGCGCCAUCGCUGGGGCCCACGGCGCCCACAAGGAGUCUGGUCACCGGGCCAAGGCCCCCGCAGCAAAGGACAAGUACAAGGGUGAUAAAGACUCCGGCUCUUCCAGACUGGAGAGAAAGUUAGCAGAUGGACACAAAAGCAGAACCUUCAAGCACAGCAGCAAAGACCCGAAGAAGAAGGAAGAAAACCGAUCUGAUGACAAGGAUGGUAAAGAAGUCGACAGUAACCAUGAAAAGGCCAGAGGCACCGGUUCAGGCGCAGACAAGAAAUUAAGUAGGAGGCUGUGGGAGAACCGAAGAGGGAGCGUGUCGCAAGAAGUGAGCAAAGGAGAAGAGAAACUCGCAGCCGGUGCCUUGGCCACCCCCAGUACUUCCUCCCUCCCUAGACCCAGAAAAAGUGGCGACUCCACACUGGCCACUGAGCAGGAGCCCAUGGAGGUGGACGCGGAGCCGGCCGUGGAGCGUGUCUGCGAUGCGCCGGCACCCCAGGAGGGCGGCAGCGCCGGUGCGCAGCCAGGUGUCGACCCGGAAAACGUUACCAAGCAAAGAUCUGCCGCGGCUGUGAAGGACGAAUUGAGAGCUUCCGCGGUCGAUUCAAAGUCAGGAGCUCCCACCUGCAAGGCAGGGCGUGGAGCAGGCGCUGUUAGUAAUUCUGACAAACACACAGACCACAGAAGCACCCUGGUCAAGAAGGGGCACGUCCAGGGUGCCGUGUCCAGGUUGAACCCUGGGGAGAAAGAGCCUGCCGAGCAAGGAGCUCAGGAAGGGAACGUGGACCCUGAUGCCGGUGCCCGCUGGUUACCCCGUGCCCUGUCGGAAAGUGAGAGGGCGCAGAGGAGCCUGAGGGCCACGAGCAGGCCCCCUGCAGAGCACGCCUCUCCAGCAGACACGGCUCCCGGGCAUCCGGCACAGCCAGACCCGCCCCCGUCCCUCGGCGCCGUGACUGCUGCACCACAGGCUCAGUCCCAGGAGCCAGAUGUGGCGCAGGCUGACGAAGGGCUGGCUUCAGAAGGGGGUGCAGGCAGCGCCUCGCCUCGGCGUGACUCUGACGUCCCUAACCAGGCUUUGACCGCCUUUAGGGCAAGGGACAGCAGAGAGGGCGGCGCGGUUUCCACAGCAGACACGCAGACUGAGGCCGGCGCGGGUGGCAGAGGGCACCAGGCUACCUCACUGCCCAGUAAACAGAGAAAAUCAAACGCACCUCUUGACAGGGACUCAGCGGACAGGAGCGUGGAAAGCAAGAACUUGGACAGAGAAGGUGACUUGGUGGACACAGCCAAGACAGAAAGGGCCGUAAGUAAAGGGCCCAGCUCGAAGCAGGCAGUGGGCGCUGCGGGUGUGAGUGACAGGAAGGCCGGCUCGGCUGCUGGACCCGUGGCGGGUGUGCGCACCGGGGAGGACGCUGCAGCUGCCCAGCAGAAGCGCUGCGGAGGCCCAGGCGGGACAGCGGGCGCAGCGGUGGGGGCUGAGCGAAGGACUGAAAACAGCGAGGUGGACACCAGUGCUGGCGGCGCCUCUGCCUCGUCUCUCUCGCCCCAGAGGGCGGGCGCGGCUGAGAGGGCCGCGGCCAGGACACCUGUCCCCACCAGCUCCGAAGGGAAGGGCAAAGGCGUGACCUUCGGCACAGUCAAGGCGGGGGCGGCCACCACCACUUCCGCAGAGGCGGGAGCCGGGCAGCUGGCCGUGCCCUGCACCAGCAUCGAGGCAGACGAGGGCGUGACGGCGGCCUCCGGAACCGCGCCCCGCGGCGCAGGGGCAGAGGCCAGCGGCCGCACUGUUCUCGCCGCGGCCGAAGAAGGUGGGGGAGUUGUCACGGAGGGGCUUGCCGAGAGUGAGACCGUCCUCACGAGCACCAAGGAAGGCGAGAGCAGAGAGGCCGCCCUGGCUGAGUCUGGGCAGAGCGCCCCCGCCGCCGAGCCAGCCGGCGCCGCCCCGGGGGCAGACAACACCGGCAGCGCGGCGACAGAGGACAAGGACGACGCGGUCACCAGCGCCGGCUCCUCCCGCAGGGACUCGGAAAUGGCGGGAGGCGCUGUGGCUUUCGUCAGCGAGGUGGAGAGUGACGGCGCCGUGACCAGCGCAGGGACCGACAUAAGAGCAGGGUCUCUGAGCAGUGAGGAGGGCGAUGGGUUCCAGACAAGUGCCCUGAGGAUGGGCCCCAAGAAGGAGCCGGAGGGGACCGUGACCUGUACGGGGGCUGGAGGGAGAGGCGGCGGCUUCGCCGUGUGCGCCGUGGCCGGCGCCGGGCCGCCCGAGGAGCGCCUGGUCUCGGGGGCCGCCUGUGGCGGGGCGGACAAGGCCGCUCCCCCGGGCACGAGCGCCCCCCAGGAGGGAGACGGCUCCGCCAACGACGGCGCGGAGGGGGAAAGUGCCGUCACCAGCACGGGGAUCACGGAGGAGGACGGCGAGGGCCCUGCCAGCUGCACGGGCUCCGAAGAGAGCGGCGACGGCUUCGCUCUGAGCUCUGAGUCCGAAGAAAACGCAGAGAGCGCGAUGGACAGCACGGUCGCCACGGAAGCCUCGGACGCGAGGCUGGUGGCCGCGGGGCCCGGGGACGACGAGGGCGUGGUCACCAGCACCGGCGCCAAAGAGGAGGACGACGAAGGGGAGGGCGUGGUGACCAGCACCGGCAGGGGCAACGAGGUCGGGCCCGCCGCCACCUGCACCGGCCUGGAAGAGGAAGGCGAAGGGGCGGUGAUGAGCCCGAGUGCCGGAGAGGGGGACCCGCCCGCGCGGACGGCCGCGGGCCGUGGGGCUGAGGCGGGAGGGGCCGUCACAGACGCCAGUGAGAGUGACGUCGACAGCGUGAGUGGUGAAGGCGCGAAGGGGACCAAAGCCCCAGAGAUCGGCUCCAGCGCCAAAGGGAUCGUGGAGAGCAGCGUGACCAGUGCUGCGCCGGGGGCGGGGCCGGCCACGCGCGGCCCCGGAGGCUGUGAGGGGCCCAUGACCAGCGCGGCGGCGGCCGGUCAGCGCGACAGUCAGCCGGCUGUGGAAGGGGCCCCCCUUUCCGCCGACCUGGUUGGGGGCAGUUAUGAGGUGCGCGUGUGUGGCGCAGCCCCGGCAGGUGGCAUUCAUCACACAUCCACGAGCACAAAGGAAGAUGAAGGCACCAUCACCUCUGUGGAAAAUGAAGAAUGUGAUGGCAUGCUGGCCACCACCGCCAGUGACAGCGUCGCCCACCAGGCCGGGGCAGCCGGGGGCAGGAGCCGAGGCAAAGGUGAGAUCUCCACCAGCAGAGCAGGCGGCGGUGCCGCUCAGGCAGGCAAGAGAAUGGACGUGGAAGGAGGGCACUCCAGUGCCCUGGGAGCGGAGGGCGCCAUGGAUGGCGCCAGGGUCCGCAGGGAAGAAUUUGAGGCCCCCAUGCCCAGUGCAGCCUCCCGUGACGAGAGCCAGCCGGCCGCUCCGGGAAACGAAGACAAGGACGAGUGCGCCAUGAUCUCCACCAGCCUGGGGGAGGAGUGCGAAGUGCCCAUUUCCAGCGCCAACUCCAAGUUUCCUGAAAGUCAGCCCGCUGGCGCCACCACUGAAGAAAGAGCCCAAGGCCCACGCCUGGUGAGCACCGAGGACUUCGAGGUGCCGAUGCCCAGCGCCCCCGCAGAAGUCGGACGUCCUCUCGCCUCGACCAGCAAGGAGGAGAAGGACGAGUGCGCGCUCAUUUCCACCAGCAUCGCGGAGGAAUGCGAGGCCUCCAUCUCCGGUGCCGCCGAGGAGCGCUCCGUCACCGCCGCGGAAGAGAAAGACGGGAGUGCCAUCAUCUCCACCAGCUCGGUGGAAGACUGUGAGGGCCCGGUGUCCAGCGCCCUCCCCCAGGGGACGGGCCGUCCCUCGGCCACCGCCGCGGAAGAGCUGGGCGACGCGGCCAUGAUCUCCACCAGCACCUCUGAAGGCUGCGAGGCCGUCAUGCUGGGACAUGGCCCGCUGGACCAGGAGCAGCCCAGCGCUGCGAGGGUGGAGGACUCGAGUGACACCGCCCUCAUCUCCACCAGCACAGUCGAGUGUGUGCUGAUCACCACCGGCCUGGACACGCAUGGAGAAAGCCAGCUGACCGCGAACAAGCCGGAAGGGAUGAUUGUGGCCUCCGCUGCGCUGCACAAGUGUGACAUCCCAACGCCCAGCCUCAUCACUGAGGACAGCUGCCAGCAGCCUGGCCCGUGGACAGGAGGACAAGCAGUGGGCCCCAUGGGGACCGUGAGCACCGAGGAAGGGCAGGACAGCGUCUCGGUGGGUGAGCUCCCUACGGCAGGCGGCCAGCCGAGUGUGGGGCUCGCGCUCGAGAGAGAAGAGCAGAGCACAGUGGCUCGCAGCAAGAGUGCGUUGUGCCUCGUCAGUGCGGAAGAGAAGCCUGUGUCCACGCACACAGCUCACAGAGCAAACGCGGACCCGGAGGCAGAGACGGUGGGGGAUGGGCCCUCCGCAGGUUUGAGGAGCAGUGGCAGCUCGCCCCCGGGGCCCCGCGGGCCCGAGCAGGUGCCCGGGGACGAAGGCCCCUGCGUCAGUGCCGGCUGUGAGACAGCAGCGAGUCCUGGUGCUAAGAAAGGUGUCGGCUCCCCGUGUUUGGGAGGCUCCGAGAGGCGGUCCUCGCCUCCCCCCGACCCGCGGGGCUCCCAGGGCAGCCUGGACACCACCGCGUCCGAAUGUGGCCACCAAAAAGCUGAAACUGCUCCUGCCCACACCGUGGCCCCUCCAGCUGCCUGCGGCGUAGCUCUGCCGGCGCCCAGCCGUGGGCAGGACCGGGCUGUAACGGGCGACCGUGGCUGCGGGCAGCCUGCUCCUGCCUGCUCGGAGACCACCGGAGGCGGCGCCACACCACCAUCCCCGAAGGAAGGCGGCCUCGGGACCCGCAUUUCUUCUGAAGAACGUGUGUGUGGCACAGGCAACGAAGAGUCUGCGUUGAAUGUUCCGGGAGGACUGGAACCAGACCCUGACUGGAAGACUGAGAUGCUUGUGUCAUCAGGAAAAGAGCAAAGUCGUGCAACCCCCGCCCCCCCAGGAAACCCGGCCGGGCGCCCGCCGCGUGGAGGAGCUGACCUGCCGAGAGCGUCUCCGUCGGGGGAUGACUCACUGGACGUUGAAAUUUCAGGCUCAAGAUCAAGUGCAGAGAGUGAUAGCAAAGCUUCUAACAAAGAAGAGGUCUCCGAUGGCAGAAAGGACCACACAGAGGCCGUCAGGGACCGUAGCGUUGAAGUGAAUCGUAAAGAGGUUGAGGCGGAAGAAAAGUACACGCCCAGGAGGAAGAGAAAGAAGCCUUGCCCCUCUUCGGAAGAUGAGCCGGAUGAUAACGCGGAUGCCCUGGAGUCCAAAACAGAAACAGCACAGAGGCAGAGUUCCGGAACGGAGCUGCAAGACGCGAAGGAAGGAAACCCUGGCGAUUUGGAAGAGUUAUCUAAAUCAAGUUCUAAGAAAAACAGCACAGGCUGCAGAGCCAUGGAAGAAAGAGAUGAAUCUAGCAGCAGUGAAGCUACUGGCGAAAAGACAGAGCCCAAUGAAGAUGACAACGUAAAGUCCCAGGAGGAAGAUCAGCCAGUGAUCGUUAAAAGGAAAAGAGGGAGACCUCGUAAAUACCCCGUAGAGGCACCACCAAAAGCAAAAGAAGAAUGCAGAGCAGACUCGGGCCUUGUCGCAGUCGAACAGUCUCCACCUGGCAGCAGACUGAAAGGCAUCCCAGCAGACGAGUCCAGUAAAGAAACAGCUAACCAGCAAGAAAGAGGUCUCGGCAACGACGACGGCGAAGAGAAAGCGGUGGCGAGUGUGCGGCGGAGAGGGAGGAAGCCCAAGCGCUCGCUCACAUCCUCGGAUGACGCGGAGUCCUCAGAGCCAGAGAGGAAACGCCAGAAAUCCAUCUCUGAAGCGACUGAGGACAAGAAAGACCAGGAGUCUGAGGAGGAAGAGGAGGAGGAGGAGGAGGAGGAGCCCCUGGGCGCCACCACGAGGUCCAGCACCAGGUCGGAGGCCCAGAGGUCCAAGGCCCAGCUCUCCCCGCCCACCAAGCGCAGGCGAGAUGCCAGUCCCCCAGGGGCACGUACCAGAGGCCAGCAGCAGCGAGUGGAGGAGGCUCCGGCCAAGAAGGCCAAGCGCUAACGAGCCGGUGCCGGACUGGUCUGGGUGCCGAGCCGAGGAGGCCGCGCCGGGCGGCCCGAGGCAGGGAGAGGAUCUGCGCGCGCGCGAGCUCCCUCGGACAGCAGCUUCGUGAGCGGUGUUCGCAGAGGCCACCGUGUACGUUACUUCAGGUAAAGGCAAGUGAGUUUACUUUGUGUCUGGACUCAAAACAAAGUAGUUGUAUAUUUUAACACGCAAAAUUGGGAUUUCCCGAUGUGAAACAUGACUGAUGCAGACCCUGGAGCGGGGACACCAGGCUGCCCCGGGAGAAUAGUCUCCACACUGUAAAAUAGGUUGUAUUUUACUCUGUGUAUGAUGCUGAUCAAUGGACACUUUAUUUAUUUUACAGAGAAAGCUUAUCUGUGAACUUUACUAUAUAUCUGUUUAUUUUAUUUUAUUAUUUUUUUUAAUAAAAAGGUUUUACAUGCUAUGCAGCAGUAGUAGAAAUGUGUUAGGACCCUGCCUGCCCCGUAACUAGCGGAUAUGAACUGGCAGAACAUACAGAACCUUCUCGCAUGUGUGCAAGUAGUUUAGCGCAAGGAAGGACUCCGCCGCUCUCCGUUCACACCUUCGAGCCUGCUCGCAGCUGUGGCUUCCUCCGGCGCCCCCGCAGGUCUGGUCUGGCGGCACCGCGGCCCGCGGAGACCCGCGCUCCCCUCCCCGCUCUCCGGGCCCCACCUCGUCAUUUUCAGUGUGAAGAGAAAUGAAUUAAAGGUUAGGUCACGCCUCGCUGUCAGGCUUCAGGACUUUAGGUUGUUUUAUACACAGUUAUUUCAGAUAGAAACUGGCUUCACUGCCGGAUUCUUUUUUAACAUGUUUUAACUCCCAUACGAGCAAACUGUUCAACUUAAGUUUUUCAUACGAUUAAACUUUUCUUAAGAUCAAAUUUCUCUCUAGCAAUGAAUGAUGUGAUGAGUUGCCAAAAAAUCGAGAUUAUUUUGAAAUGUUUUCUUCAUAUUCUUGUUUUAUAAUUAAAAUUUACAUUCAGUGUGUGUGGAUUUUUUUUUUGAACUCUUUAUGUAAGGUGGAUAUUUGUCAUUUUACAUGGUUUCUUACUGAGAUUUUAUAUAUAAAUUAUAAAAUG